AUGGCCGCGGCUCCAGAUGACGACUUCCCUCCGCUAGUUGCGCAAGAAGCUGUAGCGCCAUCCGAGCUCCCGAACCCGAAACCCGCUUGGGGAGCGCCUCGCGCGGUGUCCCUGCGUGAAUCCCUCCGCGAAUCCGCGAAAGCGGAUCAAGGCGGAUCCGGGAGCUCCGCCGCUUUCUCUCACGGAUCCAAUGCGGUCUCGAGCGGAGCUGACGUGGCAUCAGGCGGGAAACCCGCCAGCGGGUCUAGCGCGGACCCUGCCCCGCGCGGGCAGAUACCCUUCGCGUCCGGCACCGCCGCUUCCGGAGCGGUUCAGUGUCUUGUAGUGGACGCGAAUGUUCUUAUAUUGGGGACGGCCUCGUUGCAGAAAUUUGCCAGCGAGGCAGAGAUUGUGACUGUACGCGAGGUGCUGGCGGAGGUUCGGGAUCGCACCGCGCGGCAGCAGCUGUCCGUUCUCCCCUUCGAUAUCAAAUGUCGAGAGCCCAGUGAUGAGGCGAUUAAGGAGGGUACGUCAAGGAGUAGAAGGGGUUUAACCAUGGUAGGGGAUCCAAGAGCAUUAAUCCUCCGCUUCGCGCGCGCCACGGGUGACGUGGGCACUCUCUCCGCCGUCGAUUCCAAGCUGCUGGCGCUCGCAGUGACGGAGGAGAUUCGAUUUCACGGCCGUGCGAAUCUCCGCGCCGCCCCCGCCCGCCCGGUGUUUCAGAAGAGGACAAACGUCGCGAUGCGCCAGGCGCUGCCCGGUUGGGGCGCGGAAAACGUGGCGAAUCCGGACGAGUGGGCGGGGAUCGACGCGGUGGCGGACGAUGGGGGGAGGGGGAAGGGAGUAGGUGGAUCGCGGAUUUUAGGGGUGAGGGCUUUGGGGGAGGUGGAUGAGAACGCGGAAGGGGAAGAAGAGGGGGAGGAGGCGGGGGAGGGGAAGGCGGGAGAGGAGGCGGGUAAGGGGGAGGCGGGGACUGGGGGGAACGGGGGCGCGGAGAGUGUGGAGGCGGGGCUUCAGCAGAUGAGCUUGGGCGGAAAUGGGGAAGCAGGGGAAGCGGGGGAAGGGGGAGGAGAUGGUGCGCGGAAGGGCGGAGAGGGCAGGGAAACGGAGCAGGCGGUUGAAAUGCCUGGCGUCCACGUCAUCGUCAUCGCUAUCCACGUCAGCAGUGGCCCUGAUGACAUCAGACUACGCCAUGCAGAACGUGGCACUGCAGAUGGGCCUGCGCCUCCUCUCCGCCCAAUCAGGGAUGCGCAUCGCCCAUGUGCACAGGUGAGCCUUCAGGUGAAAAUUCAGGUGCACAGGUGGGUGCAGCGCUGCUCUGCCUGCUCUGCCGUAACGCCUGACAUGACGCGGGUCUUCUGUCCUGACUGCGGCAACGGCACCACACUCAACAAGGUGACAGUGACGGUGGGCGUGGAUGGCGUGGUGCAUGCAGGCGUGCGCAAGAGACACAACAUACGAGGCAGCAAGUUCUCCCUGCCCAUGCCCAAGGGAGGAAGGACAGGAGCAGCCAAGGACCCUGUCCUAAGAGAAGACCAGCUCCUGCCCAAAAACGGCCGGCGGCGAUUCACCCAGAAGAAAGGCAAACCCACCGACGUGCUGGCGCCUGACUUUGUGACGUUCUUUGAUGAGGUGGGGGAGGGGAAGGGGGGGGGAGGCGGGGCGGUGAACAGCAGAGCCGUGGUGGCGACGAUUGCGGCGGGAGGGGAUACGAGAAGAAUGGCUGUUGCGCUGGGGAUGAAGGUUAAUCCAAACAGGGUGAAGAGGGGCGGGAAGAAGUGA